UGCUGUAAAUGCGUUACCCCCGAGUCAAGAAGCACCACCGGGAGGUGCGGGAAGCAUCGUUUCUGUAAUCCGACCUCUCGAGUCCCGAGGAGGGCGCCCCGGCAGCCGUCACCAUGGUGAAGGAGCAGUUCCGGGAGACGGACGUGGCCAAGAAAAUAAGCCACAUCUGUUUUGGAAUGAAGUCACCUGAGGAGAUGCGCCAGCAGGCGCACAUCCAGGUUGUGAGUAAGAACCUGUACAGCCAGGACAACAGCCAUGCCCCUUUGCUGUAUGGGGUGCUUGACCACAGGAUGGGUACAAGUGAGAAGGACCGACCUUGUGAAACCUGUGGGAAAAACUUGGCAGACUGUCUAGGCCACUACGGGUACAUCGACCUGGAGUUGCCAUGUUUUCACGUGGGCUACUUCAGAGCAGUCAUAGGAAUCUUACAGAUGAUCUGCAAAACAUGCUGCCACAUCAUGCUGUCCCAGGAGGAGAAGAAGCAGUUUCUGGAUUAUCUCAAGAGGCCUGGCCUGACCUACCUUCAGAAGCGAGGACUGAAAAAGAAAAUCUCUGAUAAGUGCCGAAAGAAAACCAUUUGCCAUCACUGUGGCGCUUUUAAUGGUACUGUAAAGAAGUGUGGAUUACUGAAGAUAAUUCAUGAGAAAUACAAGACCAACAAAAAAGUGGUGGACCCUAUUGUAUCAGAUUUCCUCCAGUCUUUUGAAACAGCCAUCGAGCACAACAAGGAAGUAGAGCCCCUGCUGGGAAGGGCACAGGAAAACUUGAAUCCCUUAAUAGUUCUGAACUUAUUUAAACGAAUCCCAGCUGAAGACGUUCCUCUACUUCUGAUGAACCCGGAAGCUGGAAAGCCUUCUGAUUUGAUUCUCACUCGACUUUUGGUGCCCCCUUUGUGUAUUAGACCCUCUGUCGUGAGCGAUUUGAAGUCUGGCACCAACGAAGAUGAUCUGACAAUGAAAUUGACAGAAAUCAUUUUCCUAAAUGACGUUAUUAAAAAGCAUCGGAUCUCAGGAGCCAAGACCCAGAUGAUCAUGGAGGACUGGGAUUUCCUGCAGCUUCAGUGUGCCCUGUACAUUAACAGCGAGCUGUCGGGCAUCCCCCUCAACAUGGCACCCAAGAAGUGGACCAGAGGCUUUGUCCAGCGCCUAAAGGGAAAACAGGGUCGAUUUAGAGGCAAUCUCUCAGGAAAGAGAGUCGAUUUUUCUGGCAGAACAGUCAUCUCACCCGACCCCAACCUCCGGAUUGAUGAGGUAGCUGUACCAGUUCACGUGGCCAAAAUUCUAACUUUUCCUGAGAAGGUGAACAAAGCAAACAUCAGUUUUUUGAGAAAGCUGGUUCAAAAUGGCCCUGAAGUUCACCCAGGAGCUAAUUUCAUUCAGCAGAGACAUACCCAGAUGAAGAGGUUUUUGAAAUACGGAAAUCGGGAAAAGAUGGCUCAGGAGCUCAAGUAUGGCGACACUGUCGAGAGACACCUCAUAGAUGGGGAUGUGGUGCUGUUCAACCGGCAGCCCUCGCUGCACAAGCUGAGCAUUAUGGCUCAUCUGGCCAGGGUCAAGCCCCACCGGACCUUCAGAUUCAAUGAGUGUGUUUGUACACCCUAUAAUGCCGACUUUGAUGGCGAUGAAAUGAACCUUCAUCUUCCACAAACAGAAGAAGCUAAAGCAGAGGCACUUGUUCUGAUGGGGACUAAAGCUAAUCUUGUAACGCCAAGGAAUGGAGAACCACUGAUUGCUGCUAUUCAGGAUUUUCUAACAGGUGCCUAUCUCCUCACUCUUAAGGACACGUUCUUUGACCGAGCCAAGGCUUGCCAAAUCAUUGCUUCAAUAUUGGUUGGCAAGGAUGAAAAAAUUAAAGUUCGCCUCCCACCCCCUACCAUAUUAAAGCCUGUCACCCUGUGGACUGGAAAGCAGAUCUUUAGUGUCAUCCUCAGACCUAGUGACGAUAACCCAGUGAGGGCCAACCUCCGGACCAAGGGCAAGCAGUACUGCGGCAAAGGAGAAGAUCUCUGUGCCAAUGACUCCUAUGUGACCAUCCAGAACAGCGAGUUGAUGAGUGGCAGCAUGGACAAAGGAACCCUAGGGUCAGGAUCCAAGAACAAUAUUUUUUACAUUUUGCUGCGAGACUGGGGGCAGAAUGAAGCUGCUGAUGCAAUGUCACGACUUGCCAGGCUGGCUCCUGUCUACCUCUCUAACCGGGGAUUCUCAAUUGGAAUCGGUGAUGUCACACCUGGCCAAGGGCUGCUGAAGGCCAAGUAUGAGUUGCUGAAUGCUGGCUACAAGAAAUGCGAUGAGUACAUUGAAGCCCUGAACACGGGCAAGCUGCAGCAGCAGCCUGGCUGCACUGCCGAGGAGACUCUGGAGGCGCUGAUCCUGAAGGAGCUGUCUGUGAUCCGUGACCACGCCGGCAGUGCCUGCCUCCGGGAGCUGGACAAAAGCAACAGCCCCCUCACCAUGGCUCUGUGCGGCUCCAAAGGAUCCUUCAUUAACAUAUCACAGAUGAUCGCCUGUGUGGGACAGCAAGCCAUCAGUGGCUCUCGAGUGCCAAAUGGCUUUGAAAAUAGGUCCUUGCCUCACUUUGAAAAACACUCAAAGCUCCCAGCUGCCAAAGGCUUUGUGGCUAAUAGCUUUUAUUCUGGUUUGACACCAACCGAGUUUUUCUUCCACACAAUGGCUGGCCGGGAAGGUCUAGUCGACACAGCUGUAAAGACAGCUGAAACAGGAUACAUGCAGAGAAGGCUUGUAAAAUCUCUUGAAGAUCUUUGCUCCCAGUAUGAUUUGACAGUCCGAAGCUCUACGGGUGAUAUCAUUCAGUUCAUUUACGGGGGAGAUGGCUUGGAUCCUGCAGCUAUGGAGGGAAAAGAUGAACCUUUGGAGUUUAAAAGGGUUCUGGACAACAUCAAAGCAGUUUUCCCAUGUCAGAGUGAGCCUGCUCUCAGUAAAAACGAGCUGGUGCUGACCACUGAGUCCAUCAUGAAGAAGAAUGAAUUCCUCUGCUGCCAGGACAGCUUUCUGCAGGAAAUAAAGAAAUUUAUUAAGGGGGUUUCUGAGAAGAUCAAGAAAACCAGAGAUAAAUAUGGCAUCAAUGAUAACGGCACUACUGAGCCCCGUGUGCUGUACCAGUUGGACCGUAUCACCCCCACACAGAUAGAAAAGUUUCUGGAGACCUGUAGGGACAAGUACAUGAGGGCGCAGAUGGAGCCAGGUUCUGCAGUGGGUGCGCUCUGUGCCCAAAGCAUUGGCGAGCCAGGCACCCAGAUGACCCUGAAGACUUUCCAUUUUGCAGGCGUGGCCUCCAUGAACAUCACACUGGGUGUGCCCCGGAUAAAAGAGAUCAUCAAUGCUUCCAAAGCCAUCAGCACUCCAAUUAUCACAGCACAGCUAGACAAGGAUGACGACGCGGAUUAUGCUCGCCUGGUGAAAGGGAGAAUUGAGAAAACCCUCUUGGGGGAGAUUUCAGAGUAUAUCGAAGAAGUGUUUCUUCCUGAUGACUGCUUUAUUCUUGUCAAGCUCUCCCUGGAGCGGAUUAGGCUUCUGAGACUGGAAGUGAAUGCUGAGACAGUGCGGUAUUCCAUCUGCACGUCCAAGCUCCGCGUGAAGCCCGGUGACGUGGCCGUUCAUGGUGAGGCUGUGGUGUGUGUCACCCCCAGAGAGAACAGCAAGAGCUCCAUGUACUACGUGCUGCAGUUCCUAAAAGAGGAUCUCCCUAAGGUGGUGGUGCAGGGCAUCCCAGAGGUGUCCAGAGCUGUCAUCCACAUUGACGAGCAGAGCGGAAAGGAGAAGUACAAGCUGCUGGUGGAAGGCGAUAACCUACGGGCAGUCAUGGCCACCCACGGUGUGAAGGGCACCCGAACCACCUCCAAUAACACCUAUGAGGUGGAGAAGACUCUGGGCAUUGAGGCUGCCCGCACAACUAUCAUCAACGAAAUCCAGUACACAAUGGUCAACCACGGCAUGAGCAUCGACAGGAGGCACGUGAUGCUGCUCUCUGACCUGAUGACCUACAAGGGCGAAGUCCUGGGCAUCACCAGGUUUGGCCUGGCCAAGAUGAAGGAGAGUGUGCUGAUGCUGGCUUCCUUUGAGAAGACGGCUGACCAUCUCUUUGACGCUGCCUACUUUGGGCAGAAGGACUCCGUGUGUGGGGUGUCUGAGUGCAUCAUCAUGGGAAUCCCGAUGAACAUUGGAACUGGACUCUUCAAGCUGCUCCACAAGGCUGACAGGGACCCAAACCCUCCCAAGAGGCCUCUGAUCUUUGACACAAAUGAAUUCCACAUCCCCCUUGUCACAUAGUCCCGGGGAAGAGGGGACCGUUCCUGACCUCAGCUCCUUAUCCUAUCUGCAGCUGACUUAGAAGAGCUUUAUGCUCUAUGCUCCCUUGGACAGAGGCCCUGCUGUCCCCACCUGGGCCAGCGGUCAGAGAAGGCCCCUGGCAUCCCCAGGAGUGGCUCCUCCUUCAGUAGGCAACAGUUCACACCCAUGACCCUAACUGCACCACGCUGCUUGGGAGAACUGAGAGUUGGUUGGUUUGUUUGGCUAAAACCUAAUCUGUGGACAACUGAGCACCUCCUGGCCCCCCUGCCUCCCUGGAUUAAGAGGAGGCCCUGGCUUGCGUUACUGCCCAUCCCACCUUGCUGCAUCCUGUCCAUCGCUCCCAAUGGUGUCUUCACACCUGACCGUGAGCCAGGUCUACACCCCGCAAAUGCCAAGACACAUUUCUGGUUUUCCAGAAUCUCUGGUAAUGCUGGAAUCUCUCAAUGUGACAUACUCUUGUAAAUAUUAUUACUAUUAUUUAUUUGUUCCACUUGAGGGAUUUGGAAUUUUUGUUGUUAUUUUGGUUUUACUCUUGAAGCCAAGAAUCUAUAGAAACCAAGAAAAGCAGCAUUGAAGUAUCACUGGAAAAACUAGUUUAACAAAUAGGACCGUCUAGGAUUCGUAACUUAGCUGACUGUCACGAGACCCAACUGCUCUGAAACGUCUUCCAUAGACACCCCUAGUGAGCCUGAUGUUUUCAUCUACCUCUUAUCCCCAUGGGGGCUCUGCCUUGUGACAAGAGCCAGACCUAUUCUUCAUGGCCUACAGAAGCUGGAGUUUGGGGCCUGCUGAGGUGGGGACAAGAUGGCUUGGAGCCUGUCGGUACAGAGAUGGCGUAUAAGGCUGGUCCAGGCUGCCUGCACUGCCUGGUGCUGGCAUCCACACCUCUCCUGAGGUGUCUGUGUGUUUGCCCUUGCCCUGCCUCCCAGAGCCGAAGAGUGCCCUGGAACAGUGGUGGGAGAGGGGCACUCCUGGGUACAGGCAGGCACCAGCUGUAAGGGGUAGAAAGUCCACAGAGGGGAAGGGAGGAGGCCCUCGGAGGGCGUCAGGGGGGCGCCAACUAGAGCUGGGGAUGUGCCCCAGUUGGCAACAGCAGGCUCCUUGAAGAGUAUAAAUUUGUGACAAUAGAAACCAGGCCUCAAAGCUGUGAGGAGAAAACCAGCAGGGUAUCCAGGAAGACCCACAUUUAAUCAUUUGCCAGGCUCCCGCACAGUGAGUACACAUUGCUGGUGGGUUUUUCAAGGCUUUUGAAGGGGUUUCGUGCAACAGAGGAAAGAAAUUAAGUAGCUCGUCUUCUAGAAGAGGGUUUGCUCCUGGAGACAAUGUGUUCUUUGUACUGAAUUUGCUCAGGGGGUUGGCCCUGGGCCAGGGAGAAGUGGCAGUGGCCGCAGCUCCCCUCCCUCUGAACACUGGAGCCCGUCCUCCUGCCCAGCCCAGCACCAGGUCCCAUUGUUCUGGCUCUGCCUUCCUCCCUGAUGGGGCCUGCCAAACCAAGGCCACUUAGCUGGGGCUGAGACGAUAGUGGAGGCUGAGGAUUUGACCCUGCUUUCUGGCUUCAUGCACUGGAGGUGGUCUGCUUCUGAAGUGACAUAGCCCAUCUGAUUGUAUUAAACGCUGGGAGAAAUAACAGCCCAGACCAAAGAGAUGUGAAUUUAUUGUUAAGAGAGAUGAUGGUUUGGAUGAUUAAAGAGAUGGAUGUGGUUUUAAAAAAAGAAAAAAGUAGAGGAGGCCCAAAGAAUUCAAGUCGUAUUUUAUAGAAUUGUACCUCCAUUUUUUGGAUGUUCCCUAGUUGAUUUCCCAAGCUCCAAGUUAAUGCUGCUAAAAUAACUUAGUGUAGCCAUUGGUUCUUAGAUCUGUGGUAGAAUAAGUCCUUUCUCUCCCAUACUGAUGUGAUUCCUGGAUUAGAGGUUCUUGACCUGAGUUAUUUUUGGCUAAUGCUCAGGUUUAAAAUUUGGGGUGAAGAUCAGGGAUAUCGAUAUAAAGAAAUGGCAUUUUUCUUAAUGUUUAGCACCCUUGUAUCUUUGAACUGAGCUAGCCUGGUUCAAGGCUGUUAACACUGAUUCAGGGUUUCCGUUUGAGGCCUCACAGCGGGGCACAGAGCACCCCCGCCCCUAGCUCCUUGCUGAAAACUUGCCUGGGAAGUAAGCCAUGGGCUGAUCAGAUCCAGGACCACUGGAAUACAAAGGUGGCUGAUCAGAUCCAGGACCACUGGAAUACAAAGGAGAAGGUGGGAUGGAGCAGCAGAGGGACACUAGCGGCCGCUUUCCUCUGCGUGUGGCACGGAGGAGGAGAGGUCACGGCAGUGAUGUGCUGCUGGGAGUCACGAAGACAGCACCGCUGAGGAGCGCCAUCCUGCUUGAGUGCUUGAGACGUGUGUGCUUGGGAUGGUGCGGAUCAGUGGUGGCACUCUGGGAACAAGGCUGAUGCUGGAGCAGAAUGCUUACGUGAAGGAGCCCAUCACAGUGGGGAGCACUGUGUCCCAAGGGCUCGCGUCCUCUUGGUACUGCCAGCCUGGCUGGGUCCACUGACAUAGGCAGCACUGCCUGGUAGCCCAACUGUGCUCCCCACUGUGUCCUGCCUCUGGGUGUUAAAAGUCUCCCUCGUGAUCAUCUGCUUCGCCCUGGCAUUGGGCUUUAUGCCAGCACAGAGCUCAAAGACAGGGUAGCAUAGCAAUGUAUUCUCAAGAGUGAGCUCAAUAGAAAUUUAAGAUUUUACUCUCUGGGCCUGUUUGGAAGAAAUAAAAACAUUUAAAUUGUC